UUUUUCUUUCCUUUUUUUUUCCCAUUCACUUACAAAUUUACUUUAUCUAUAUACAAUGGUUCUUCGUCUCGGUUCUACUGCUCCUGACUUUGAAGCUCAAACUACCAAGGGUAGUAUCAAGUUCCAUGAUUUCAUUGGUGAUAAGUGGACUAUUCUUUUCUCUCAUCCUGCUGAUUUUACCCCUGUUUGCACCACUGAACUUGGUAUUGUUGCUGCUCUCGAAGAUGAAUGGGAAAAACGUAGUGUACAAGUGAUUGGUUUAUCUGCUAAUGGAUUGGAAGACCAUGCCAAGUGGAUUGAAGAUAUCAAUGAAGUCAACAGUGUAGAACUUAACUUCCCCAUUAUUGCUGAUGCUGAUCGCAAAGUGUCCGAAUUAUAUGACAUGUUGGACCAUCAAGAUGCCACUAAUGUUGAUGCCAAGGGUAUUCCUUUCACUGUUCGUUCCGUAUUUAUCAUUGAUCCUAAGAAGACCAUCCGCCUUAUUUUGACUUAUCCUGCCUCCACUGGUCGUAACUUUGAUGAAAUCUUGCGUGUUGUUGAUUCAUUACAAUUAGGUGAUCAACAUCGUAUUACUACUCCUGGUAACUGGAAGAAGGGUGAUGAUGUGAUUGUUCAUCCUAGUGUUACCACCGAAGAAGCUCAUAAGCUAUUCAAGAAUGUCCGUGUUGUCAAGCCUUAUCUUCGUCUUACCAAAUCUCCUUUCUAAACAAUUAUUCCACUUUAUUUUAUGUUAUUUAGUUUAUUUCAUUAUUUUAUAGUAUUAUUUUCUAACUGUCCCCUAUUGAUGUGAAUAAAAAUAAAAAAUAAAAACUUUCAUCUUUGUAUAUUUAA